AUGUCCUCAAAUACUACAGUUUUUGUUUCUGGUGCUACAGGUUUCAUUGCUCAGCAAAUAGUAAAAUUAUUAAUUGAAAAUAACUAUAAUGUCAUAGGUUCAGUAAGAUCAUCAGAAAAAGGAGAUCAAUUAAGAACUGAUUUGAAAUCGCUUGGUUUAAAUUCAAAGUUAUUCACAUACGAAAUUGUGGAAGACAUUGCUACAAAAGGCGCUUUUGAUAAGGCUUUACAAUCUCAUCCUGAAAUUUCAGUAUUCUUACACACUGCUUCACCAGUCAUUUUCACUUCUAAAAAUUAUAAAGAAGAUAUAUUAGAUCCAGCAAUUGAAGGAACUAAGAAUGCUUUUACUGCAAUUAAAAAAUAUGGUAAAAAUAUCAAAAAAGUCAUUGUCACUUCUUCAUUUUCAUCAGUCGGUUCAUUUGGAAAACAUUAUGAUUCAAAUUUAACAUUUACUGAAGAUUCGGUUAAUCCAAUUACAUAUGAAGAAAGUUUUGAAGAUCCUGGAUCUGCUUAUAAUGGAUCAAAAACAUUUGCCGAAAAAGAAGUUUGGAAAUUUAAAGAUCAAGGAUUUGAAAUAACUACUAUUCAUCCAGUUUAUGUUUUUGGACCACAAGCUGGGAAAGUUAAAAAUAAAUCUGAAUUGAAUUUUAGUGCUGAGAUUGUUAAUAAGGUUUUAAAAUUAAAUGAAGGUGAUGAAAUUCCACCAAUGAAUGGUAACUUUAUUGAUGUUAGAGAUGUUGCUAGAGCUCAUGUUGAUUCCAUUAAGAAUGAUAAGACUAAUGGUCAAAGAUUAGUUGUUGCUAAUGGUCAAUGGAGUAAUGAUUUAUUGGCAAGUAUAAUUAAUAAAAAUUUUCAACAUUUGAAAAUUCCAAAAGGUGCUUUGAGCAGAAGUGAAAAAUUAAUUAAUGAAAAGGGUUACAACACUAAUUUUCAAAAAACAAAAGAUAUUUUGGGUUUCAAAUAUAUUGAUUUAGAAAAAUCUAUCAUUGAUACUGUUGAUCAAAUUUUGAAAGCGAAAUAA